AUGGCUGUGGACUCUACUGGGGGAAGUCCUAGCCGAAGCAAGCGUGCUCGUGAACCUGGUGAAGGGCGUGAAGCUCGCCCACGGGGUGCUGCCCAAGGACGUGCUUUCUCUCCUGGGGGUGAUCAACCUGUUACUUCUCGGGAGUUUCGGGACUUGCUCAACCAGCAUCUACAUGCUAUCACUCGGUCAUGGCAGGAAAUGGAUGGCCGGGUUGGUGCAGUUGAAGAACGCCUUGACCAUGGAAAGAAGGAAUCGGCCAUUCUAAUUUCCAGGGUGACUCAAGUUGAGAGGAAAGAGGCGGACCUCGAGGUCAAGGUGACUGAACUUUCCCGGACAGUAGCUGCUAUGCAGAACGGGGGCGAGAAACCAGCGCAGGCGGGUGGCCCACCUUGGGGCGAAGGAAGUCUGGACCCAUGGGCCCAAUUUCGUGCUCGAAAAGGCUCUGCUUUUCCCGCGGCUGCUGCUGCAACAGAAGGCCCUCCUCGUGGGGGACGUGAAGAACUUUCUGAUGAUGACAAGAAGACCCUGAUCAUUGGGGGGUGGAUGCCUGACAGCCGACGACAACUCAUCAUCGACGAGGGCAAGGGCUUCCUUGAAAGGGACGAGAUCAAGAACGAUCUGGACCAGACCGAGCUCACGGUGUGGGGACCACGGAGGGCCUUCGCCGUCUUGAAGUUCAAGCAGCGGGAUGGAGAAGAAAUCCGGGAUGUUCGCAACCGAAUGUGGAAGAUCAUCCAGAAUCUCCGUGCCACUCCCCAUCGUUUGCCGUCUACGGCAGGCAGUGAUGGCUUGGGACGACCGAUGUGGGCACAGUUCACCAAAACACGGGAGGCAAGGAGGAGAGCGUCGCACGGCUCCAUGCUACGCCGGGUGUGUACAAACCUCGUCAAGGAUGCAGAGAUCUCGAAGGAAGCCCACAACAUUUCUGCUAAAGAGGAUGGGGCGUACGAUAUUGACUGGACCUCUGGGACGGCAUGGCAUGGGGAACUCAAACUUGGGUCGAGCUCGCAUCGGGCCCCCAAAGGAGACAGUGUCAAGCUUCUCAGUUCGGGGUGGGUUGACAUCAUGGCGGUGGCACGUGCCACUGGCGUCCAGUUUGACAUCGCCCUUGGGGCGAUUGAACGGGUUGAUGCUGUUUCGGGAACACUUGACUUUCUCACGGUCCAGGAGAUGCCCAGAGCUGAAGAAGGAUGGGGUGAAGAAAUGACUGACAGCUUCGUUUGGCUCUCGCAUCGAAGUCCUAGCCAAUGGCGGGGAGUUGGGGUCGGUAUAUCACAAGACAUCUUUGACUGUUGCACUGACAAGGUCUGCUUCGACAAGGGUGCUGCUUGGCUUGUCAAGUUUCGGAAUAGCAGACGUCUUGUUCUGGCUUCCCUCCACCUACCGACUGGGGUGCCCACUCGACUAUACCAUGCUGCUGUUCAAGACUUUCGUGCACGCAUUCGCCGGUGGCAUCCUGAUGUUCCUUGCUUCCUUGGGGUGGAUGUUAAUGAGGUUGUUGAUUGGACCCAUGCAGAUGAGAACGAGGACGACACUGGCGUGAGAGCUGGGGCGAAGAUUGAUAAGUUUCUUGAGGCCACAGAGGAUCUACGUUGCCGGUUGGUUGCACCGGUCCUCCAACAUCGCUGGAGUCCUACCCACUUCCCACGGGAUGAAAGUCGAGAGGGACGUCACAUUGAUGCUAUCCUUGUUCGUCAACUACAUGCUGGCCCGGUGCGUGUCAAUGCUGACGUUCGCAUCCACAUCAACACCGACCAUGCACGGCUUGAAUGUGAUCUUGAUGUGCAGGCUACCUCCUGGGGGAGUUGGAUCGAUUCUCGGCCUCGCUGGGUCAAGCCUGGGGCGCUCAUCUCUGAACCGCAUAGUUGGGACGACGUCGUCGCCAUGGCAAAGAAAUGCACGGAACCACGACAGAAACAUAAGUAUGUCGACUCUGAUGAAAUACGUGAUGCCACCGAGAGAGCAAAGGCGUGUCGGGGCCCUGCGGCCAAGGCUCUUUGGAAUGGAGUACAUCGUCUACGACGCCGCGCUCGUCGUGCCUGGAGGCUUGCCCGCUCUGGAAGGAUACUUGCAGGAGAUUGGCAUGCCUAUAGGGAGGCCAAGGCAGAGUCCAAGAGAAGAUGCUGGUGGGGUGGUCUCCUUCGGGAUCGGAGUGCACAAGACCUUGCCGAUGCCGUGACGGAGCACCUCGAGAGCAAAGUCAGUGAUCCCCUUGCAACUUGGCAUGCCGAGCUUGAUGAACGCCUCCAAAACAUCACUUGUUGCCCAGCGCACUUUGCACCUAUUUCAAGCGAAGAGGUUGGGGCGGCACUCCUGAAAAUGAGAGCGAGGUCUGCACUUGGACCAGAUGGGGUGAGUGUCGACUUGCUGAAGGUCAUUUUCGCUGAAUGCCCUGAUGCCCUUCUUCGCCUCCUGAAUGAAACACUCUUCACAGGGGCGAUACCUGAGAAGUGGGGUGAGUCUUUACUUGCUCUACUUCCGAAGGUUGCUUGUCCGCAGGCUGCUCGUGAGCUACGCCCCAUAGCUAUGUCUUGCAGUGGGAUGAAGCUCUUGUCGAAAAUUGUCAUGAACCGCACUUUUCGUCGCCUUCGUGAACACUCGCCCUGGUCAGCGUGUGGGCAAAAUCGUGGCACUGCAGACCUACAUGGAGCUAUGGGGCGACUUCGUGACAUGACACGAGAAUGGAGAUUGGGUGUACUUGUUGUCAAGCUCGACAUUGAAGGGGCGUUCGACUAUGUGAACCGAAGGAGCGUCGCCGAUUUCAUUCAGACCAGACUCAGUAGUGCGGAAUAUGGCUUCGAACAACGUUUUCUACUACGACUUCUUGAUGAGAACCUACUUCGGGGUGUUUCGCCAGGUGGUGGCUCUGUCCGUGUUAAGUGCAAUCGUGGUAUUCGUCAGGGUUCGCCUGAGUCGGCAGAGAUUUUUGGGAUGUUGAUCUCUGAUGUCGUCAAUCGUCUCAAGCAUGCUGGCCAGUGGAAAGAUCCGGUGGGCAAGCUACGGGAUGUGCCGGCAGAUGUUGGGACGUACCAAGAUGACAUCUUCGUUUGGUCCGACACGGCAGGAAUCUUGGAGAAGAACAUUGCUCGGGUUGCUGCAGAACUUCGUCACCUUGGCCUGAAGCUGGCAGUUCAGAAGACAUGCGUCAUCGCCAGUAAGUACUACAAGGGACGUCGUGUCAUCAAAGUUGAUGGGACGGAUAUCCCAGUGCAAGAAAGUGGAAGUGCAGUGCGUGUUCUUGGCCUUGACUAUGAUCUCGAUGCUCCUGCCGCCUCACAAGCACGCGAGCUUCAUGGCAGAGUCUGGGGUGCUUUUCAUGACAAUAAGGCAUUCAUCUGUGGGCCUGGCAGCUGGCAGGAGAAACACCGAUUGGUGCAGAUGCUGGUGGAAGGUAGUUGGUCCUGGUCGGCUGGGGCGGUUCAUUGGGAAAAGGCUGAACUUCAGAUGAUGAAUAGUACCCAACUACGUGUUCUACGGCUUGCCUUUGGAAUCCGCCGCCUUUCUGGUGAAGACUGGGUCUGCUACAAUGCGCGCUCGCUGCGCCAAGUGCGUCUUUGGCUGGCACAGACCGGGGCGGAGAGGUGGAGUACUAAGGUGCUACGCUUGCAGUUUCAGUUGGCUGGCCACUGGAUGCGCCAGGUCGAAGAUGAGGAUGGCAAGCCCGGUCUGGCGGGGCGUAUGAUGUUGUGGAGGUCCAUGUCGUGGUGGAACCACGAAAAAAGUCUCACGUCUGGGGCGCGACAUCCAAUGCGAUUUCGGGCUGCCAACCUUGAGCGAUCGCUUGCUUCUUGUCUGGGCGAAAAGUGGUAUGAUGCCACAUACAACCGUGAGGGGUGGAAGCAGCUACUGCCCAUGUGGAUUGCACAUGCUGAUGUUGCCUGGGACGAAAUCCUUCAUCUUCGGCUUCUUCGUGCCUUGGACAUUAUGCUGAUCAAGAUCCGGGCCCUGGUCCUGCUCGAUGGGACGAUUCUGCACAUCAUGAUGGUUCCACACAAUUUGCUGAUCGUGAUCCUGGCCCUGGUCCUGCUCGAUGGAACGAUUAUGCACAUCGUGAUGGUUCCCCACAACAUGCUGAUCGAGAUCAUGGCCCUGGUCCUGCACAUGGUGGAGAUUCUGCACUACAUGGUGGUUCGUCUGGAAUGGAUCGGCCGCGCACUUCGUCGUCGUCUUCUACAACUGGACAACAUGCUGGACGUGAACAUCAUGCUGAUGCUGCUCUAUGGGAUGAUCCGGCACGUCGUGGACGUUGGACUGUGGAACACUGGUGGGAUGCGACAGGGUGGCAAGGGACUGGACAAAAUUGGCAGCAAGACAAUGGCUGGUGGGAGCAUGGGGAUUGGACGUCUUGGUCACCGUGGUCUGACUGGGGCAAUAAUGUGCGUGAACAACAUGGUCGUCCUCAUGGCUUCUAUCGUCACGGUGUCUAUGUCGACCGCCAAAGGGACGAGACAGAACAACGUUUUCACACUGGAGGUCAAGGACAACAACGCCAGAGCCGACGACAGGAGAGGAUGA